AUGGCUACACGGCUGCACGGCUACACGGCUACACGGCUGCACGGCUACAUGGCUACACGGCUACACGGCUGCACGGCUGCACGGCUACACGGCUGCACGGCUACACGGCUGCACGGCUGCACGGCUGCACGGCUGCACGGCUACACGGCUAGCGGUAGCUGGGAGCUGCCGGAAUAUUUACAGAAAAACACGUGCAUGUACUUAGGCAGGUCUCCCAUCACACUGCAUUAUUACCAAUUAUCAGUCGAGAAGAUGAAGAGCUUCAUAAUUUUCUUGGCCCUUGCGGCUGCGUUAUCUUGCGUCGUCGGCCAGAUCAUCGACUACCCAGAUUUGCGGUACCUCAAGGCGUACACAUCUACUGAUCCUCAUGCAACUCCCGCUCACGAGUUCCUCGACUCCUGCCCUGACCUGGGCGUCCUCGGCCUGGAUAAUGUCAUCAAACGAGUCUGCGUGACGGGAUAUUGGAUCCUGUACUCUGAGAUAUCUUACGAUAAUGAAGCGAAUUACAUUCGCGGUGUCAACUACUGCUACACCUUGUCUACAUCUGCAUCUAUAUCUUCUCUGCGGUAUGCGGGCAGCCCAUAUGGCAUGGACGACGUAUAUUUCAACCUCUACGAGUCAUCGUUUUUUGAAGGGAACGAAUUUAAGGGCAACACAAAUACUGAAACCGUCGUGGAGUUGGACAUGAAAGUUUCCUCCUUGAUUGUCAGUGGACAAUCGCCGUGGACUUUCUUCACGGGACUCAAGUUCACCGGCCAGUCCGCGUGCGUUCAUCCCGAAUACCAGGCUACCGACAACGGCAUUUCUAUGCACUAUAACUACGUACUAUCGGUAAGAAAAAUCUGCAGAUGUCCACGUAAGCUUUGUGCUGUUUACUUAAAAACCUCUGUAGCUGUUUGGACAGUCGCUUGA